AGGGACAUCUUCCUUCUCAGAAUCGUUGCAGUAAUCAAAAGCAUUAUGCCGGCAGCAAUCGAGGCUGGCGAUUUCCGAGCCGUCGUCACUGGUGGCGGGUCAGGCCUCGGGCGUGCGUAUUGUCUGGACCUUGCAGCCGCAGGCUUCGGGCACAUUCUGAUAAACGAUGCCGACUCGGCGAACGCACAUGCAGUCGCGAAAGAAGUUGAAGCAAUUUUUGCUUCAUCGUCUUCAGGUAACUCAAAAAAGACCAAGCCACGCGUUGCGGUGACACCUGGCCGCAUCGGCGAGGAGUCGCAGAGCUGUGAAGAGCAGAUCUUGCGCGACUGUGUUUCACACUUCGGAGGGCCACCCACUGCUGUGGUGAACAACGCCGGCAUUUUGCGGGACGCCGCAUUCAAGAAUCAGUCCGAGGCGCAGUGGUCAGACAUUUAUCGCGUGCACCUUUCGGGUAUGCGGAAUUUGACGCGGCUGCUCUGGCCGCACUUUCUAGAGCAGAAAUUUGGCAAAAUCGUGAACAUUUCAAGCAUGAACGGCGUCUGCGGUGCUUUCGGGCAAAGCAACUAUGCGGCGAUGAAAACCGCUCUCAUCGGGUUCACUAAAUCGCUGGCGAAGGAGGGAAAGAAAAACAAUGUGUGCGCGAACGUGAUAAUCCCCACAGCGCUUACGGCAAUGACGAAAACCGUGGGUCUGCAGCACUACACGGACAACGCGGGGCCCCAACACGUCGCGCCACUGGUAACUUUUCUGUUGCACCCCAGCAGCAAUCAUGUGACAGGACGCGUUUUCGAAGGUGCGCCCGGGUUUUACGCGGAGUUGCGCUUUCAGCGCUCGUUUGGGAAAUACUUCGCAGAAGAGACUCGUCAACAACCUCGUGUACGACAGCGCCCCGUCACCUGGGAAGACAUACGCGACAAUUGGAAGGACAUCACGCUUUUUGAUGAACGCGCAGACGACCCGAGCCAAGAAUCUGGCCCACCCAGAAGUUUGAAACUAGCGGUAAAACACGACGCAAAACUGUGAAAAUAUAAUCAACCGAGCAUCAAGUUGAAACUCGCUCAGUCAUGUCGUCAGGGAUUUAUGAUGUCCUUCGACAAUGAAAAUUUUCCACAUCAAAUUUUUUCAAACAUGCUCUCUCACAAACUGCGCAUUGACUUGACGUUUUCAUCGUUUUGCUUUCUUUUGCUCAUUUUUGUUGAAUAAUCCGAUGAAGUAGGAGCUAUGUUUGACAUAAUCUUGCUUGUCGCACUGCAU